AUGACAGCACAUGUUGGAGACUUUGGUCUUGCAAGGUUCAAGUUUGAAUCUGCAGCAUCAUCGUCCACUUAUUCAAUCUCGACUUCAGUCGCUAUUAUGGGAACAAUAGGGUAUAUUCCUCCAGAGUGUGCUGCAGGAGCAGUUUCGAGCGCUGGGGAUGUCUACAGCUUCGGAUUGUUCUACUUGAAAUAUUUUUUGAAGGAGGCCAACUGA